AUGACAAAGAAGGGAAUUCCAGAAAAGGAAGAAAAAAACCCCGACCAUCGAAUCAUUGCCAAAGAAUUAGAUUUAUACAUUCUGGAUGACCAAGCUGGGCAAGGCUUGCCAAUCUUACUGCCUAAUUGA